UACUUAAAAGCACAGUGGACUGCGAUGAAGCCAUCAGUUUUAUGAAAACACUCCUCUACUGCUGUUAGCGAAACACCAAUCAAAUGGCUCAAGUAAUAACAAAUAUUUUUACAACUACUGGAUCCAGUGGGAGCCUACUGGCGAAUAAACCCAUUAGUCUUCAGGAGGUUUCCUGGCAUGAUACAUUCAACGAUUGCUGGAUAGUUAUUUACGACAGAGUCUACGACAUCACGGAUUUUCUCAAUGAGCAUCCAGGGGGAGAAGACAUCCUGGUGGAACAUGCGGGAAGGGAUGCGACGGUUGCUUUUAGAGGAAGUGGCCACAGUGCACAAGCCAUUAAGGCCCUGGAUAAAUACCUGAUUGGAGAGCUGCCUCAACAUGAACGCAUAUUCAGGAAGCCUGGAGGAAUACAACUUAGUGACUUGCCUACGUAGGGAAGAGCACACGGUUAAACGCCAAGGCUUAAAGCAGUAUUACAAUCGCCAUUCACUAGCGAUAUUUGAGAAUUAGGCAAAUUAGAGCUAAUUCACUGUAUUAGUACGUUUGACUCCCAGCUAGGAGAUAUGAAAACGUAAACUUCAGUAUCUUCGUGGUGUUAGUUUAAGUAUUUAUGUAAUUUAUCGUUUUCUACUACCUGAUUUUGAAUAAAACUGUGCGAUAAA